UUUGAGAUGUCGAAUUAUGUCUCAGCUCCAUGUAUCAUGUGUUAACACACCGCGCUGCAGGAAAUCCAAAUAGGUCCAUUUACUAUGUUUGUGUAGUAAAGUUUGAACAUAGCGACACACGCUGCUGCUGAACAAUUUUCCCUAUUCCGGAAUAUUCAAAUAUUUAGCCUUUUCUAUAAGCUGAAGCUACUUUUUGAGAAAAUGCCCCGCCCCACUGAACACAACCCUUAUUGGCGAAACACUCCCCGUUUUGCAGCCCCAAAGCUACGCUGUUGUUCUUGCCUUACUUAUUUGAGUUGUUGUUUUUGUUUUCACACAACCCGUAGAGACAACAUGACGGUCUGUUUGAUUUCAGUCGUGUUGGCUACCGUUCUCAUCCUACCGAUCGCACUGCGAACUUUGGCCCCGUAUCUUUGGAUGGAUUUGGUGUAUUUCUGGGAUCUGCUGCAUAUUUUAGUGAAGUUUGUGUCGAGGCGAAGGAGGAGACCUCUUUUCUUUGUUUUGGACCGCUUCUUGGAGCAGACCGCUGCGCAUCCACACAAGACCUUCGUUGCGUUUGAAGAUGAGAGCUACUCGUACGCGUACACGAACAAGAGGAGCGACCAAACCGCCAACGCGCUGCGGGCUCACCCUGGGUAUCGGGCUGGGGACACCGUGGCACUUUUCAUGGGGAAUGAGCCCGCCUUCAUGUUUACGUGGUUGGCCCUGGCCAAAUUAGGCUCCCCCGUGGCUCUUCUCAAUCACAACAUCCGCACCAAGUCCCUGCUGCACUGCUUUAACUGCUGCAAGGCGACGGUGUUGAUCGCGGCCCCAGAGCUCAAGGAAGCAGUGGAGGACGUGCUGCCCUCACUGAAGGUGCAGGGCGUCACUGUCCUCCUGAUGACCAAACACUGUGACACACCUGGGAUCGAGAGCUUCUCUGAUAAAGUGGACGACGCGGCAGACGCUUCGCUCCCUCGAUCCCUCAGAUCACACAUCACGUUCAAAAGUCCUGCCGUUUAUAUUUACACCUCUGGAACUACAGGUCUCCCAAAGGCGGCUGUGGUCAAUCAGAACCGCCUCUUAACCGCUCUGGCUGUUUUAUCUUCAAACGGAGUCACGUCUAGUGAUGUCAUCUACCUGAAUCUGCCUCUGUACCACACAGCUGGAUUCAUCAUAGGCUUCAUCGGCGCCAUUGAGACAGGGUCAACUAUCAUUCUGAAGAGGAAGUUCUCUGCUUCUCAGUUUUGGGACGACUGCAGGAAACACAGUGUGACUGUUGUGCAGUACAUCGGAGAGGUGAUGCGUUACCUCUGUAGCACACCGAAGAAAGAAAAUGACAAGGAACAUAAAGUAAGACUGGCCAUUGGCAACGGGGUCAGAGCCGAGAUAUGGAGGGAGUUUCUCAAUCGCUUUGGGAACAUUCAGGUCCGAGAGUUUUACGCCUCCACAGAGGGAAAUGUGGGAUUCAUCAACUACGCAGGGAAAAUUGGAGCUAUUGGACGGGUUAACUUUUUUCAUCAGAAGCUGUUUCCCUUCACUCUUAUUAAGUACGACACAGAGCGAGAUGAACCAAUUCGAGAUGCUCACGGCCUCUGCGUGGAGUCGCCCAAAGGUGUGACAGGACUGCUGGUGUCGAAGAUCACAGACAUCGCUCCUUUCGUCGGCUACGCCCAGAACGAGGAACAGACGGAGAGGAAAAGACUUCGUAAUGUUCUCAAGAAGGGAGAUCUUUACUUCAACAGCGGAGACCUAAUGAAGAUUGAUAAAGACAACUUCAUUUACUUUCAGGAUCGCGUAGGUGACACGUUCAGGUGGAAAGGUGAGAAUGUGGCCACGAACGAGGUCUCUGACAUCCUGACGCUAAGUGAUGGUCUUAAAGAGGCCAACGUUUAUGGAGUCCAAGUGCCAGGGUAUGAGGGGCGCAUUGGGAUGGCAGCUGUCACUGUGAAUGAAGGUGCUCAGUUUGAUGGAAGUACAAUAUAUAACCAUGUGGUUAACUACCUCCCUUCAUAUGCCCGACCUCGCUUCAUAAGAAUACAGAAUGCAGUGGAGGUGACGGGGACCUUCAAGCAGAUGAAAGUGAAGUUAGUGGAGGAGAGUUUCGAUCCAGGGCGUAUCCAGGACCCUAUUUACAUCCUCGAUGAUAAAGAGAAGACUUACAUAGCGCUGACCGCUCAGGUGUACAGCUCCAUCGUAUCAGGAACCUUCAGACUAUGAGUUGGAGCUUCGUGUUCACAAGCUGUGCGUUCAGGCCAGCUGCAGUCAUACCUUUGAUAAUGAACCUCCAGCUCGGCCAUUGAACAAGUCGUUUUUUACGAAUACUCAUAUUAUUUGAGUGUAGUAAGAUAACAUGGAUGAAUAAAACGGCUUCAUAAAAGGCUGUAGACGAGAGAUGCUGCUUUUGCUUAAUUCUGUAUUGGAGUGUUGAAGUGAAGCUUUAUGUAUCGAUAAAUGGAUGUAGUGUUUAAUGAGAUGCUUCCAGAGAGCACACCUUCGGACUGUACUUCCAGAACAGGACCUAUGACACAUUUUACGUUUUUGUGCCAAUAUCUGUCAAUACAAAAUCUUUCCUAAAAAUUAAAGUGAUUCUUACAAAACAA